GCUGUCUCACCUUCCCCCAGGCAACGGAGGCGGGGUGAGAUGGCACAGCGGGCACUGGCGCUGGCACUCUGCCUCUCCCUGGCCACAGCGGCAUCCACCAACUGCGUGACCCAGUGCUCCCUCUGCACAGCACAGACCCACGGCACUGAGAGCAGCAUCUGGCCCCUGAUGUGCCUGUGGGAAUGCCAGGGCUCCUCGCCACCCGGACCCGAGUGGGAGAUGUGCAGGAAGGCGCUGGCGCUCCUGGCCCCACUGGUGGCCCUGGCCGAAGGGACAGACCCAUCCCCUCAGGGGGCAGAGGAGGACGAGGCAGAGCCGGAGCAGGAGCUGGGUCCUGGGGAGCUGCCGAUGGCACCGGCCAAGCGCUAUGGGGGCUUCAUGAAGAAGAUGGCCAAGGGGAAGCUGCUUGCCCUGCUGCGCGAGAAUGCCCACAGCAAGGGCAGCUUCAGCAAGAAGUUCGGGGGCUUUGGCCGCAAGCCGGGGGAGCGGGCGGCCCCUGAGGACUACCCGGGGCCGGUGGGCGCUGGGGCUGAGGAGCCCACGGGCGCUGGGGCCGAGGGGCAGGAGCUGGCAGAGCUGCACAAGCGUUAUGGUGGCUUCAUGCGCCGGAUCCGGCCCAAGCUCAAGUGGGACAAUCAAAAGCGCUAUGGAGGCUUCCUGCGGCGGCAGUUCAAGGUCACCACACGGUCAGACGAGGACCCCAGCGCCUACUCAGGGGAGGUCUCGGACCUAUAGAGCCAGGUGUGGGAUGGGCGGCACCACGGUCCCCACACUGCCAGCCCAGACUGCGCCGUCACCCCCAGCCCCAGCCCCCGCCCAGCCCGGUGUGGCCGGUGUCACCCCUGCCUCGUCCCCCUAGGCGACCAUGGGUCAGUCCCCCUCCCCAGUUGUCCCUCUCUGGUUCACCUGCCCAUCCCUUAGGGACCCUGUGCAUCGAGGGGACAGCACCACUCCUCCGGCUGCUGGUGGUGUGGCCGUGGAUCCAGCCCCAGGGCUCCAGGGGGCAAAUCAAGGGGGGGGGGACAUAUCCUGCACCCUGCCGCAGCUGCAGAAUUGCAGCUGGGUCUGGAAAACAUCACAGCUGAUGUACAGGGCAAUGGCCUCUGAGCAGUGGGAAGGAUGAAAUGGGGCAGGAUCAGGCCCUCUGGGCUGGUAGAUGGCUCACACAGCCAGCACCACCGUGGGGAGAGGGGGCUGGGCAGGGCUGGUGCCACGGAACCAUCACCGGGGCAGGCAGCCGGCUGAGCACAACCCCAACUCCCCUCCCGGAGCCACUCGCCACCUCCCACCUGUCCCAGCGCCUGCCUGGUGCC